CAGUUUAUCAUUUAUUCACAUUACACAACAAGCAACUGGACGGACAUAUACUUAAAUACUUACAUAACAUGUCACACGAUAAUUCAAAAUUGUGAUAGUUUGCUUACAUCCAGUGUAUUGGCAGAAUUUAAUAUGUAUAUAUUUAUUAAGUUUCGUGACCCAUUGUGACAUUUACAUAUUUCCUUCAUAUAAAGUUGUGAAUAUUUAUCCUGGUGUAAUCAAAGCCUUACUUAAAUGUGAAAUAUUCCAUCAUUACAGUUCUGUACAUACAAAAUUUAACUAUGUAUAAUUUUGCAAUGUUUAUUCCACGUGCUCCCCUGAUAAUUAGGUAAUUCUACAUAAUGUUGUUUUGUUAAAGGUAUAUCUGUAUGUAGGUCGGAUAUUUUGCGUCGCCCGUUCAAACCUGUGCAUUUACUCCGUAGUCCGUACUUCGGGUAAAGUCUUGCACUCACGACUACUCCGAUCUAUGGUUAGACAGUUAAAUACUGCAUUUUCAAAACUCAUUAACAUAAACAUGUUUGACAAACUUGGUGUUUUAAAAUGACACAAAACAUCGCUAUCAAACUAUGCACAUGUAAAAGGGAUUCACGGCUUCCCAUCGAGUUUUACUUGUAUUAAGACAACCUGGAGUUCCGACUGAAUUCCAAAUUCAAGGUCAGUAUACCUAAAAUAGCUUGGAGACAUUAAAUGUCAAGGUACUAUGCAUAUUGCUCUACUUUUGGGUAAUGAUUAAGACGACGACGUCACAUCCGUUUCAUACAUGCAUUUUGGACUUAUCUUCCAUUGGUGACAAAACUUUCGUUAAUCAUUACCCAUAAAUUGAAACAGGAAUAAGUAGUACCUCCUCGGUUUCCCACAAAAUUAUUUAGUGUUGCACAUGCAUUUCUGCCUACUUGCUAUAAUCGGGGAUAAAAAAAUCACCAAUUAAAAAAUCAUGUCUCACAUUUAGUGCAUAUGGACUUGCGUAAAAGAUACGCGGAAACCUGGGAACUUGUUGAUACUAGAUUGCUUAUCCCAAUUAGUCAAUUGAUAGAAAAUAGAGUACUAUGUCCCGCUAAGUUUAAAUUGUACUCGUCAAAGAUUUCGACCACGUGCGAAAUGACGACCACGCUGGGUUCCGGAUAUCUCAAAUAUCUCCGAAGCCACAUGCGAAUUUUGGACUUUCUCAAGUGCUUUCCCCUGGUAUUGAGUGCAGACAAGGAUCGGAUUGUGGUAAGUAGGAGUCGUUUGAAGAAAUGGGUCACGUGGCUUUCUCCAAUAUUUGAGUUUCUGUAUCUCUUCUGUUUCUUCACCGUGGUUCGAAACGACUGGACGAACAAGUGCAUCGGCAAAGCAGCCGAAGGUGCCAUGGUUACAAAUGGAAUUGCCGUAUCAAUUAUCUGGAGCUUUGGUGCUUAUCCAGACACAAAAGUGAUGUCGCUGGGACAGACAUCGGGUUUCAACAAGUAAAGCCCGAAUCGCCCAAAAUGCAAGUGAGAUUUAUUCAAAUGAGGUGAUACGCAACAAUAAAUCCACUAUACAUAGUUGAUUUUUUUCGUAUUACUCCAAUGUCUCAUGUUCACCAAAAAAUCUCAAUUUGGCCCAAAAAUCUCACAUUCCCAUACAAAAAUCUAGUCAUUGUUUCUACUCAUGUUCAUAAUUUCAAGUUUGUAUAUGAUUAUUUCUUAACAUAAAAAAUGUGUGCAUAUUUUAGCCACAAAUUUCAAAAAGUUACGGACAGACCGCUGUUUAGAAGGGUACAUGAUGAUGGGAACUAUCGUGCCAAUCGCAACUGGGUUCAUAAAUUUAGGACGAGUAAUUAUGGAUCAUUGCGCCCCACCCUUUCUGGGCGCGUACUUUCUCCAAUGCCCACUAUGUUCGGGACCAAAUCCGCCAGUCAACUAUGUCACGUGGAUUCCAAUGCUCAUCCUGGACUUUUACUUUCUAGUCAUCGUCUUACAGAAAGGAUUCUUUUAUUUGAUUCAUGUCGUAUACGCUACAACGGGGCGGUUGGUGGAUUACUUGGAAAUCAUUAGGAACUCGUCCCCCGGAAAUUUAGGACUAUACAGAUGCGUCCAAAUUCUAGAAGCCCAAUUAAACGACUAUGCUCGAAUACGCAUAAUGCCCGCCUUCAUUUCCGGCGUCCCAUGCGUCGAGAUGCUAAGCUUGUUCGUAAUGAUAAAGCUGCACAAUGAAAUCCCACUUCCUGCAUUUUUGCUUUUCCCGGAAUCAUUCCUAACCGCAGGGGGAGCCUUGAUUGUCUAUGAAACCGUGGCCGCCAUCCUGAACACGAAAUCGAUUCAGUGCAUGUUGACCUGGAAGCAACUUUUUUGUCAGGACCGGGUGAAACGGAGAGUGGUCAGGUCGCUGAUGCCGUUAAUGGUGAAGUUUGGGUCCAACUAUAUCGACAAGGGGACACCUUUAAUCACGCAAAAUUUUUGCAUUAGCCAAACCGUGUCGAUGUUGUUGAUGAAGAGCCGCUAAUUAUGAGUAAUAAUCUAAGCUUAACCAUGAUGUUUUCGCGCUAUACGGAUUUUGAUGUCAAAAUUGUUGUAAUUUCUGGUACAUAUGUAAAUAUUUAGUUCGAGCUUAUAAUUAAAUAGAUAAGAACGGUUAUAAUAAGUAAAUAUACUCAGAAAAUUGGUGUUAAAUCACUACUGACCAGAGUACGUAUGUGUGUAUAUGUAUGUAUAUGACGUGUCGGCACGGCAAUAAGUAACGGGAAUUACCGUUUUAGUAAUGAAAAAUUUACACUUAGAAACCAACUACUAAAAAUCUGAUAAGAAAUCAUUACCAAAUUAAUGCCAGGACGGAAUAUGUAUGACAAUCGGAUUUUAUUCGGAGUGUAUUUACUUAAGUAGCAGCCUCUUUGUUAAGGCAGUAAAAUACUUGUGCCGAUAGCAAUAAAUCACUAUAAGAAAAA